ACAGGAGGAAUUCCCAGAUUCCUCCAAUCCCGAUCUGCCUGGAGAAUCCAUGCAUGGGGAGAGUGAGGGGCGGCUAGGCUGGUCAUGGCAUUUUACUAGUGGGAAAAACGGCAGGACCAGGAAAACAACAUUUUUGACUGUUAGGGUAGUUUUGGUGAUUUUACGUCACUGAAAGUAACCGUGGGCUACUUAUUUAGGAAGUGAAUAGAUUUUCUGGAGAGACACGAUUGUUAUUGUAUCAGAACUGAAAGCCAGCCUACUUGCUUGAGCAAUAGAUACAAAGUUACACCUCCUAGCCCACUGGAUAAUUGUGUGACACACGGAUCUUUGGGACGACUACUCGAUGCAAUGGACCACUGGAUUUAAGGAAUUUGGGACGCGUUUUGGGUUUCGGAUUAACAAUUAGGUUCGUCCCCUUCCGUCUGGUGUCGAAACGGAUAGUCGGCAGUCAUGCCAGCGAAAACAAAGUACAAUCUUGUUGAUGAUGGCCAUGAUUUGAGAAUUCCAAUGCAUAACGAGGAAGCAUUCCAACAUGGGAUCAACUUCGAAGCAAAGUACAUCGGCAGUCUGGACGUGGCUCGGCCGAACAGCAGAGUGGAGAUUGUGGCUGCUAUGAGGAGAAUACGGUAUGAAUUCAAAGUGAAAAACAUAAAGAAGAAGAAGGUCAACAUCAUAGUCUCAGUGGAUGGAGUGAAGGUGGCACUAAGAAAAAAGAAAAAAAAGAAGGAGUGGACGUGGGAUGAGAGUAAGAUGAUGGUAAUGCAGGAUCCCAUUUACAGGAUCUUCUAUGUAUCUCAUGACUCCCAGGACCUGAAGAUCUUCAGCUACAUCGCCAGAGAUGGACAGAAUAACGUCUUCCGCUGUAACGUCUUCAAGUCCAAGAAGAAGUCCCAGGCCAUGCGUAUUGUGCGGACAGUGGGCCAGGCGUUCGAGGUGUGUCACAAACUCAGCUUGCAACACACACACCAGAACGCAGAUGGACAGGAGGACGCAGACAGCGACAAGACCUGCAACGAGGAGUCCACACUCUCAGCCCGUGAGUUAACAGGAGCGGAGAAGUCGGUGGUUGCUGUGGAAACAGACAUUGAUGCGGAGGAGGCUCCCUUACCAUUACCGGACAGUACGGUGGAGGAGUUUAACCGCGGGGUCACUGACCUGGACGGAGUGUACGCUACUGCCAAGACUGACCACACACACCUCAACAACCUCGACAAGAAGGUUCCAGAGGAGGCCUCUCUGUUGCUGGCGUCCCCCAGGAUGCUGCUGCCGUCGUCGGGUACUCUGCUCAACAGUGCUCCCCUGUCAGUCCACCACCAGAUUCAGCUYCUACAYCAACAACUACAGCAACAACAGCAACAGACACAUGUAGCUGUGGCACAGGUGCACCUGUUGAAGGACCAACUGAGUGCGGAGGCUACAGCCAGACUGGAGGCCCAGGCCAGAGUGCAUCAGCUGCUGCUCCAGAACAAGGACCUGCUGCAGCACAUCUCUCUACUGGUCAAACAGAUCCAGGAACUGGAGGUCAACAUGUCUGGGCCCAGGUCCAUGGGUUCCCAGGACAGUCUAUUGGAGAUCACUUUCCGUUCCACCGUCCCCCCAGUGUUGUGUGACCCAAUGACCCCUCGACUCCAGGACCACGCCAGCCUCACCCUGCCAGCGCUGGGAAUCAACAUGGGCGUGGGCCAGGACAGGACGGUCAACCCACUCUUCUCUUCCUCCCUGCCCCUGGGCAGCCCCCUAGUAGACCAGAGUAUGUUUGAGAACUCCAACGCCUCCAGAGCUCCAGGCCAGGGGCUCCAGGCCUCCAGGUUGACCCAGGCCUCGGCCCGUCGCUCCCUGGUCACAGCUAACCCUGCCCUUGGUAGCAGCCCUGCCGAGGCCCCCUCCUCCACCACUACCAAUGGAGGUCAGCAGAGGCUGAAGAACGCCCUGAACCUGGGCAAGGCUGUGGGGGCAAAGGUCAACGACCUGCUGCGAAGGAAAGAGCCCAGUCAUAUAGGAGACAUCGGUGUCACAGAGGUCAACAAGAAUGUAGGAGCAGUCUGGAGCAAUAUGGAGGAGAUGACCCUGGGAACUACUGCCAAUAGUCAUGCCUCUCUGGACUCCUUCCCUCGUCUGGAACCCCCUCCUCCCGGUAAAAAAAAGCGUCUUCCUCGCACCCUGAAGACUACCCAGGACAUGAUGAUCUCGUCUGACCCCGUCGUCACCACACCCCCCGAGACCCCCGAUCACUCCCUCCUCUCCUCCCCCAACAAGACCUCUCUCAUCAGCAAUGAGCAGACCCCACCCAAGGGAGAGCAGGACGGAGAGAAUGACAGAGGGAGAGACACACUCACCGGACUGACUGGCACUUUGGACAGCGAGAGGGAAGAGGUGGAGGUGGAGAUGGAGACGAAUGGGAGCAGUAAGAUGGAUGGAGUGGAAGGGAAUGAGACAGAGGAGAGGAGAGAGGGAGAGCAGACCCAGAUUCAGCUCCAGCUCUCUGUCCCAGACCUCAUCC